AAUAGAGUGACUCCAUAAAUAAUACUCCGUACUCGGUAGUAACUUAAAAUCGAUAAUGAAUACGUAUUUUUUUGUUAUGGCGAACAAAUUCUUAUUUUUUUUUUUUCUUUUUUUUUUGGGGGAAACAAUUAACAGAAUUUGGGCCUUUGGACAUUUGGCACCUCUCUUGCUUCCCACAAUGUGAACAACGAUUAGCUAACGUCCUAAUUCGUAACAACAACCCCAAAUUCAGUGAAGAAGUGACUGAGAAAUGAGGCAAUUAAAGCAUUGAUCUUCUACCUUCAGCAUUCAAAACAACCUACCUCAAUUUUCAAUUUUCUUUCCUUUAAAUCGCCUGAAAUCCGGCAAUAGAGAUUCCCAAGAAAUUUAAAUGCCCAUUUAAUUCCCAAUUUAAUGCAGAAUCCAUUGAGAUAGAGGGUAUCCCCUGUUUUUGGCGUAAAUCAUACCAGAUCAACUUAACUUUUUUGCAACAAAAAUCUAGAACACAAAACCCAAAUUAAUUUCUGGGUUUUUCAAUUGACCCGAAAAUCUCAAAUGGGUCGUCGUUCAAUCUACUCAAAUGUGGGUCAUUGGACCUCAAUGGGUCUUCUGUUGCUGGGUUUUUUGGCUUGCACUUUAGCUUAUUUUGUUAUAUCAACUGUGCUUAAACCUAGUAAUCCAAUCUCAAAUUAUGAUGGAUUGUCAAUUGAUGUCAGUCAUGAGAGUGAUGGAGUGAGUUUGGAGAGAGAAAAUGGAGGUGGGUGUUGCCGAGGAAUCCCUAAAUUGGAGCUUUGGGGCACGGCCGUGAAGUGGGGGACAGAACAUAAGUAUUAUUCUGAAGAAGAGUGUUGUAAAUCAUGUAAGGCUAUGUGUAGUGGUAAAGAUGGACCUUGUUUGUGUGAUAGUUGGGUGUUUUGCGGUGAUCGUAAUGCUUGUGGGCUGCAAUUUGGUGAGUGUUGGUUGAAGAAGCAGAAGGAUACUUUGGUACCACAGCGUCAAGAUGCGGGAAGCAAAGUUAUGUGGACUUCUGGGCUUAUAUUUGGCAAAGGAGAGGUACAUAAUAUGCUGGACAUACACUCUUUCUCACCUUUCCAUAUGAGGUUAUUAUCUUUUCUGCAGGGAAUUAUUGGUCUGGAAACUGAGCAUGGUACCCUUCAUAUAAAACUAUACCCUGAUUCUGCUCCAUAUUCAGUGCAGUACAUUCUUGAGUUACUGACACUUCGCCAUUGUGCUGGCUGCCAAUUUUACCGAGCAGAAGGGCGAGGGGAGUCUUGGGAUCUAAAGGGCAACCAUAUUAAAGAUGCGUCUUUUGGCCCUCCAUAUGCCCUGAUUCAAGGAACACUUGAAGCUGCAGGCAUGCCUUUCCAGACAAUCCCUACUGAAGUAUGUCGAACUGUCAGAAGAGGUGCAGUUGCAUGGGUUGGUUCUGGUCCCGAGUUCUUCAUAAGCUUGGCCAACCAUGUAGAAUGGAAAAAUUCUUAUACAGUUUUUGGCUCUGUUCUUCCAGAGGAUAUGGAAAUUGCUGAGAAAAUUGCUCAGCUCCCAACGAAGCCUGAUGUAUGGAAUAAUGUUAACGUUUCUGUCCUAGAAGACCCUAUUCCAAUCUUGGUUCAGAGAAUUAUAUCAAAUCAUGAAGAUAUUUCACAUAAGCUAUAGACUUUACCAGAGUUCUUCAAUUUUUAUGUCUAUUCUGCCUUCUCUGUGAUUACCUCCAACAAAUAGUUUUACUGGCAGUCUAUUCAGUCUGUUUACUUGUACACCAACGAUUGAUUUAUUUGUAGUUUUUUUUUUUCUUUUUCUCUGAUUGGGACAAGAAAUGUUGGCUUGUCUCAUUUGUUUUGAGUUGCCACUAUAUAAGAUCUCUUUAUGAGGAAGUUCUUUCUUGGAA